AUGCUUGAACUUAAUGUAAAGCAAAGUGGAAUAAGUAAACGCGUCCUGAAUGUACUCUACAGGAAGACAAAAAGUGGUAAAAUUGUGAAACGAGUACAUGAACAAUAUCUAAGAAAUGAUAUCGGUUGUGGAUUGGAUUCAUGUAAAAAUUGUCAACCGGUUGAAGGUCACUCACUUACCAAUUUGGUUGUUCAAAUUUCAUCUACAGUACCUACCAAUCAUGCUAUCAUUCUUGAUUCUUCGGCAUUAAUCCGUUUUCAUCAUUUGUUCGAUAAUUUGAAAUUCACGAACAUCAUCAUUACACAGACUGUUUGGGGAGAUGUGAAAAGAUCAAGUCCACCAUCUUACAAAUCAAUGUAUACAUUGUGCUAUGACAGUGCGGACAGGAAAAUUUACGUUUUCAUGGAUGAUUUUCAUUAUGAAACUCAUCUUGAUCGUAUUGCAGGUGAAAGCGAAGAGGAGAGGUUAACUAGAUCGCUUAUAACAUGUGCCAAAUUCUAUGAAAAUCACUGGAAACAAUUGUCUAUAAUUCCUAUUAUUGUAUGUGGUACCAAUGUAACCAAAGAACAGUUGAAGAAACAGUUUGAAAAUGUUUUCACUUUACAGGAAUACAUUGAAGGCAUGGAAGAUAAUACUGAUUUGCUCGAUAAACUGGCUGUCUACAAUGCAGAGUGCGAUGCUCGAGGACGUAUUUUGUUCCCAGAAUACUUGGCUCACGAUAUGAUACAAAAUGGAAUUCGAAGUGGAAAAUUUAAAAAAGCAACAUUUCAGGUUUCUCGUGAAAAUUACACAGAAGCAUAUGUUCAUGUUGACGAAGGAACUACGUGGUUUAUUCAGGGUCGUAUCAAUAUGAAUCGUGCUGUUAAUGGUGAUACAGUUGCUGUGGAACUAUUGCCAGAAUCUGAGUGGACUUGCCCGCAAAAAGUUAUUCGAUUACGAGAUGUGGAAGAAAUUGAAAUGAAAGAUGCAGUUGAUAAAGAGGAAGACAAAGAUGAGGAAGAAAUCCAGCCGAAAAAGCCACGAAUGGAGGAUAAAAUUCCUUCUGCUAGAGUAGUUGGAGUUAUUAAGCGAAAUUGGCGUCAAUAUUGUGGAAUGAUUUUGCAGCCCGCUGUGAAAGAUUCAACACGUGUACUAUUCGCUGCAGCGGAACGACUUAUACCUCGUAUACGAAUUGAAACACGUCAAGCUGAGCAUUUGAAAGGAAAACGAAUUAUUGUUGCGAUUGAUAGCUGGCCUAGAGAUUCACGCUAUCCAAUUGGACAUUAUGUGAGAAGUAUUGGCAUAGCAGGUGAUCGUGAAACGGAAAAUGAAGUAUUAUUACUGGAGCAUGAUGUACCACAUGGACCAUUUUCGGAUGCAGUUUACGCAUGCUUACCUGAAGUUCCUUGGCAUGUACCUAAUGAAAGUCAUCGAAAAGACCUCCGUUCAUUGACAAUUUGUUCAGUUGAUCCGCCCGGUUGUACCGAUAUUGAUGAUGCUUUUCAUUGUAUUCAAACUGCAUCAGAUCGCUAUGAGGUUAUUAUUUCAUCUUUUUUUUUUUUUUUAAUUUUUCAUUUCUCAGUUUUACUUUGA